AUGGCUGUCGCUGUCGCUGUCGCUGUCAAGCCAGCCUCAACAAUCCCCAGGAAGCGACCCGCAGAUACUCCUUAUCAAUUAGAUCCCGAACAGACCCUCAAGGCAUCCCAAGCCCUGUUGCAACAUGUCAAAACCGAAACCAAGCGUUUACAGGAGGCUUCUUCCAAGAGAAACCUUCUCUCUACGGAUGCCUCCGACUCUGAGCAGGACGACAAUUCCAGCACCGAGAACCCAAUUUGGUUAAAUCUUACCACAAAACAGCACAUUGUCGAUGAUCGCCGUCUGAAACCAAGCAAAAUCGUUGUUCCACAUUCUCUGAACACAUCUACCGAAUUGCGGAUAUGUCUCAUAACUGCAGAUCCUCAAAGGGCAGUCAAAAAUCUGGUUGCUGAUCCUUCGUUUCCGGAAGAUCUUAAAUCUCGCAUCACUCAAAUCAUUGGUUUGACCAAGCUCAAGGAUAGGUAUAAGACUUUUGAAACGAGGCGACAGCUUAUUGCUGAGCAUGACAUAUUUCUUGCAGAUGAUCGUAUCAUCAAUCGUCUACCAAAUGUUCUUGGGAAAGUAUUCUACAAGGGUACAACCAAACGCCCCAUUCCCAUUAUCAUUGCACAAUCAGAGCGCAAACAGGAAGGGAAACAAGAGAAAUCACCGCAGGGUAGAAAGGUCAAGAAGGACACGCCUUCUACCUUGAAGAGCCCGUCAUCGUUUGCAAAGGAAAUUGAGAAAGCCAUUGACUGUGUACCCGUCAGCCUUCGGCCAGGCACUUCGCUGGCUGUCCGCGCUGGGCUGGCCAGUUUUGAGCCGCAACAGCUUGUUGACAAUAUCUCUGCCGUGGUUAAUGCGGUUAUCGAAAAACAUGUUGUCAAGGGUUGGCGUAAUGUGAAGUCCAUCCACAUCAAAGGAAACUCUUCUACCGCUGUGCCCAUAUGGCUAGCAGAUGAUCUAUGGACCGAUUCAGCGGAUGUCGUUGAAACAAUCGCAGCUACUGAAGGGGACGGCGACGAGCAGCAAGGACAGAAACGAAAAAGAAACCCCGCAACUACCAAGGGACCGCAAGCUGGGUCACGGAAGAAGAGCAAGGUAGAGGAAGCCAAAGAAGCCAAAUCAGAAACAGAACGGGCCAUGGGAACAGCCAGGAAAAGCAAGCUGGCGGCUCAAAAGGCAAAGAUUUUUGCUGAGUCUGUGUAG